CAAGGACAAGCUGUAGUAGUCAAGCUCCAGCUGAAUCUGUCAACGAAAUAUCUGAUGAUGAAGUUGAGGAAGUGCCUGUUGUUGCUACAAGGAGGCUCACAUCUGAUGUAUGGCUCGAGAUGUCAAAGAAGAUGGUGCGUGGAAAGCCUACUGCCAUAUGCAACUACUGUCACAAGGAACUAACUGCAGGAGCCAAGAGUGGCACUUCACAUCUACGUGACCAUCUGAAGAUAUGUACUCAAAGGAUGUUGAAGUUGAGGUCCACUUCUGGAAAAUCAAUGUGUCAGUCUCAGUUGAGGAUGACUGCUCAAGCUGAAGGGAAGGUCAAUGUAGAGAGCUAUACCUUUGAUCAAGAAACUUGUAGAGAAGAGCUUGGCGACAUGAUAGUGCUGCAUGACUACCCAUUGAGUAUCGUCGACCAUGCUGGAUUUAGGAGGUUUGUUCAUGCAUUGCAGCCACUCUUCAAGCUGCAUACAAGGAAUACUAUCAGGAAGGAUAUAAUAGGUCGGCAUGACAAGGAAAAAUUAAAGGCAAUCGAGUACAUGAGUAUGCUGCAAUCAAGGGUGGCUGUCACCAUUGAUAUGUGGACAGCUGACAACCAAAAGAAGGGCUACAUGGCUGUUACAGGCCAUUUCAUUGAUGAAUCAUGGAAGCUGCGAAGCAUUCUUAUGGGGUUUAUAUAUGUGUCGGCACCGCAUACCGGAGAUGUUAUAGCCGAAGAGCUCCAUGAAACCUUGAUGCAAUGGAACUUGGAUGAGAAACUAUUGACCGUGACAGUUGACAACUGCACUUCAAAUGACAAGGCGGUUGACCUUAUGAUCUCCAAGAUAGGGAAGUCCAAGCUGCUCUUACAAGGUACAAUGCUUCACAUGCGCUGUUGUGCUCAUAUUCUAAAUCUGAUAGUAAAGGAUGGCUUAGAUGUGAUGAAAUCUGCUAUACACAAUAUUAGAGAGAGUGUUGCAUAUUGGACUGCCACACCAAAGAGAGUUGAGAAAUUUGAAGAGAUGGAUAAGUAUAAGAAGGUAAAAUCACAAAGAAGUUGAGAU